AGCAAACAGACGCGGUCACGGAAAAGAAGAGGAACUAUAGUUUAUUAUUCAUUUUCUUCCGGAAUGUUUUUAGUGAGGCACCUACACCGGGACAUUCAACCAAGUGGAGUGAAACUUUAACUCAAGUCGGUUUACAAUGUCUGUCACUUUGCAUACAGACCUCGGGGACAUCAAAAUCGAGCUGUUCUGUGAGCGGACUCCAAAAAGCUGUGAGAAUUUUCUAGCCUUGUGUGCCAGUGGUUUCUACAACGGGUGCAUCUUUCAUCGAAACAUAAAAGGGUUUAUGGUCCAGACAGGAGACCCUACAGGUACAGGAAAAGGAGGAACAAGUAUUUGGGGAAGAAAAUUUGAAGAUGAAUUUAGUGAACAUUUAAAACACAACGUCAGGGGGGUGGUGGCGAUGGCGAAUAACGGACCUAAUACCAACGCAUCGCAAUUCUAUUUCACCUAUGCCAAACAGCCUCACCUGGACAUGAAAUACACAGUGUUUGGAAAAAUAAUAGAUGGUUUGGAAACUCUGGAUGAGCUGGAGAAACUCCCCGUUCAUGAAAAGACAUUUCGGCCUUUGAAUGAAGUCCACAUUAAGGAUGUGACUAUUCACGCAAACCCAUUUGCUGGUUAACACUCUGUGGACAGUCGUUUAAUAUUGAUGGGGUUUGAUGUUUGUACAGAAAACUUUGGAACUUUUUAAAACUUUGUGAUAAAUUGUGUAUUUUUAUGUGUAUUUUCACCUUCUGUUUAUGUUCUUUGUUUUCAAACAGGAAUUGUAAUCAUGUAUCAUUUUAAAAAACAAAACAUAAUUAAAAUUAAAAAAAUAAAAUAAAAUAAAACCAAGGACAGAGAUUGUGUAGAGUUUUGCCAUACUAUUUUUUAUUUUAUUUUAAUUUUUUAAACUUGAGAAUAUGUGCUUGGCUUAUUUUCUCUAUGUAAGAAGGACAGUUUUACUUUCUGGUACCUCUGCUCUCCCCUCUUUCCCCUUUCUAUUAAACUGAUAUGUUUGGGUCAUGAACCAACUGCUUUUUACAAAAAUAAAAACAUAAAAAAGCAAAUUCUUUCUA